GCGAUCGGCGCCGGACGAGCUCCCGUGCCGCGCGUACGCGCUUCGCGCGCUCUGGUUCUGCCACGUCAAGGGGUUUUGCCAGCAAAAAGGGACCGUCGGGCAGCAGAACGAUAGCGCCAUGGUGCCCUUCAAGCUUUGGUUCAAGGAUCGCGAUGCAGGGCGCCGCUCGCGCACGCUGCUGCAGAAGCAAACCAAGGUGCACCGCAUCGCGCAGCUCGAAGACGUGGCACCGCACACGACAAUGGUGUGGACACCGCCGUUGGAGCCGCGGACAGGGUGGAGCCGCUAUGCAUUCUACCUCUUUGACCUCUCGGCCCAGUCGCUACAGACUCGGACACGGACACGGACGCGGACCAGCAUCCAGAUACUAUCGGUCGCGACCAACUACUCGCUUGUGCGGCUCCGCGAAAAGCACUGGAUCGUGAAAGUCGAGACCGCGGACGCGGCCGUCUAUAGCUGCACGACACUCUACAACAGCGCGCUCGAGAUCCUCGCGCAAAGCUGUGCGAUAGGCGAUGUCUCCGCGAUGCAGUCGACCGCGACCUUUCUCCUCGAGUGGUACAAGGCCAAGUACCUGCGCUUGAGCAAGCUCGUGUACCUCCACGUGCUCUCGACGAUCGCUGCGACGUCGGACGCGCGCCUCGUGACACACGCGACGCUGACGCUCUACCGGCUCGUGCUCGACAACGUGCUGCCGCUCGAUCUCUGGCUGCACAACACGACGUAUUUGAAUCACUUUAUGGCGGCGCUGGGGCAUGCGAGUUCAAUCACGGUCCUGCGCUGUGCGACCGUGCUCAACCUCGUGUUUCAAGGCGCCGCGGACAACCCGCGUACCAACCUCUUUCUGCUCGUGACACCCGAGUCGCGCGCCUUGAUCCACGCCGCGUUUUACCGCUGGCACCACGUCUUUGACGUGAGCGUCCUCGUCGAAGACCUUUGCAUUCGCCUCUACAACCUCGAGGUCGCCCACCAGAUGAAGCGCAAGCCGCGACAGGCAAAGCAGCCGCGCAAAGCUGCUCUUGCACCAACCGCCGGUCAUUGUGCGCUCGGCCGAGUCGCACUUUACUCGGCGGAGCAACGGUGGUGA